AAAAGUUCCCCGGCCCCGGUCUGCCUGUCCCAAUCAGGUUAGAGCGGGGCUAGCCCUAGCUAAGUCCGGAUUGGGAAGUAUUCGUAGAUAGAGGCCAUCCUGCAUUGCAACUGUUGAACGAGAAGUCCAGGUUGCUGUCGUUCACUACCUGAAUGCCAUAUUAUCUCACUAUCGGUAAGGCCAUAGAAUCUAGCAGCCUUGUACCGGUUUGUUAUGGUUUGGACCUUCCACACAGUAAGUACACUGCUAGCUUCUCAUCCAUCAAUCGCCAGUCACUGCAUGUCACGUGCUCCUUGCUUCUUUGCCUUGUGUUUUGCGUAUAUAGUAAGUAGUAUCGAGCAGUCCGUUUUCUCCCUAUGGGUCAGACAUCAAAUAUCACGGCUCAAGGCAUUGAUGUUGAGCAUUACCCGAUGCCAUUUCUUAUGUUUAUUGGAUGACUUUUCUUACCACCUUGUAAGUGCAUUAGUCCAGACCCCCCUUGUCAUAAGUUACGGUAGGUAGGCCGGGUGCUUUGUCCCCACCGGACUCCUAGUCUCCCCGUGGCUGCUGCAGCUCCUUCAAAGU